AUGGUAGAUGCUAUUGCAGUUGUAGGUCCUGGGUUUCAAGCCCCAUCUUGUGAAUCAUUGAGGGUUGGCAUGCUGAAAGAUGCAGUAGAGGAUGUUCAAAAUGUUGUUAAACAACAUCGAUUGCAGUGGGCUAGAACUGGUUGCAGCAUCAUGUCAGAUGGUUGGACAGAUAGAAGGAACCAAACUCUCAUUAACUUCCUUGUCUCUUCUGAGUGGAUGGAGUCUGGUUUCACAACUCAAGCAAAUGGCAUAGUAGUGGCAGAGUAUAUGUAUUCUACCACAUUUUGGGAAUCUAUUGAACAAAUUGUAGAAUUUUCAGAGCCUUUAGUAAAAGUCUUGAGACUAGUGGAUGGGGAUAAACCCCCCAUGGGAUAUGUGUAUGAGGCCAUGGAUAGGGCCAAGGAGGUGAUAAGGAGUAAGCUGGAAAAUAACAAGGAUAGGUAUAUGUCGUUGUGGGACAUAAUUGAUAGGAGAUGGGAUGGACAAAUGCACACUCCUCUCCAUGUUGCGGGAUACUUUCUCAAUCCUCUGUUAUUCAAUAAGACUAACUUCCUAGAAAUUGAUGUUGAGAUCAAACAAGGCUUCUUCAAGUGCAUGGAAAAAAUGUUUCCUGACUUGGAAAAAUUUGAUGCGGCUAUGAUAGAGUUGGAAAUGUACAAGCAUGCUAAGGGCUUUCUCUCUUCUAGGGCUGCUAUACAAAGUAGAAAGACAAUUCAACCAAUUGCAUGGUGGGCUUCAAUUGGAGAUGAAAUACCAAAUUUAAGGUGGAUGGCAGUGCGUAUUUUGGGCCAACCAUGUAGCUCAUCAGCUUGUGAGCGUAAUUGGAGUGUGUUUGAACACAUACAUUCCAAGAAACACAACCGCCUAUCACAACAACGACUGAAUGACUUGGUAUUUGUUCAUCACAACCUCCGUUUGAAGAUAAGGAAAGCUCAAGGAACUAUUGAGGAAUGCUUGCCAAUUGACCUCAAUGAGAUAUAUCCAGAGUGCGAGUUGAUUGUUGUUGAUGAUGCUGAUGAUGAUGAUGAUGUUGCUGAUGAUGAUUAUGUUGUUGCUGAUCGUCCGCUUGUGUCUAAAAAUUUUGAUAUCAUGAGGCAAGCCAACUUUCGUCCUGAAUGGGUUGAAGGAAUUAGGAUAGGCUCUUACCCAGGAGCUUCAUCAUCAGGGCCUCCUGCCCUCUAG